AUGUCGGCGAGAAAUAUUUUCUCUUGUUUUCGAUGCUUGUGCUUUAGAAAAGUAAGUGGAUUUCUUUGUUUCUUAUACUUACCAUUAACUGGGAGCUCUAAAAUGUUAACCCAAACAACACUAGUUCUAUGAACCCCUUAACUUAUUAUAUUAUGUUUAAAUUCCCAUGGCAGCCUAUGGACUCCCCAUUUUACUUUGUUCUUCAUAGUUAAAUACAUUUGUAGCCAUAAGCCCACCAUUUCACUUAAAGGUACUGGCUAAUGACGUACUAAUAACGUACACAGCAGAAUUAUAACAUAGUUCUGUAUUUAUACCGAAAUGCUGCGCAUACAGACUUCAAACACCAUGACCACUUCAUACCACUGAAGUGGUCUGGUGUAUGAAGAAACUCUUUAAAUACAUUUUGGUGGGAGCUAUCUUUUCUAGGUCUCUACGGCUAAUUGUAUAUGCGAUUAGAAUUUAAUAAUUAUAAUAAUAGUAUAUGGUACAUGUGCACUGUAGUUUUGGGAUAUAUAUUGACAAGGAGCCUAAAGGUGAGAGGAGUUGUGGGACAGUGAAUUGAGAACCCCAGAGAAUAAGUAAUACCAUUAAGAAUAUGGUUUGGAGGGGUGCCAUAAUUAUUACGGUAUCUUAGUGGUAUCUUGCUUUAAGUAAACUAAUGUCUGUAUUUGAGGUCACUUAUAAUAAUUUAAACUGUAUCACAGACCCAUGUGGCAGCGAGGGAAUGGACUCUAUAUAUGUUGAGUUUGUUUCAUCAAAGUGCUUGCAACGUUCUUGCAAAGUGGUUUUGGUUUUCUGAUUUUGUUUCUGUCUUUUCAGCGCACAAGACGCAAUAAAUCUGAUGAUGUUGAGCAAAAAGCAGAGGAACGUUCAGGUACAUUAUAAAAUGUUUAUAUCUACCUCCAUUGUGACUGAACCAGUUUUUAACGUGCCGUGUUACCCUCCUGCAGUCUGAUAAGAGCCGACAUGUUCGGUUCCAGUUUGGUGUUACAUUCUCUGCAACACUGCCUUUGCUACAUGUCUACUAUCUCUUCUCCUCUAUUUGGGAAAUGUAACAGUUCCUCUAAAAUGAAUGAGUGGCAUACCUCGUGAUAUAACUCUGUUACUCUCUUACAUAAUUAAUAGCGCUCAUUGGGAAGGAGGAAGGCAGGUUAACACCCAUACAGGUACUAGCCGCACUCCUGCCACUUUUGAUAGCUAAUGGAUGCAGGCCAAAAUCUACCUGGCUUUCUCAGUGUUAGUGUAGGGUGAGGUUAAAGGGUGGGUUAGGGAUAGUAUAGGGUUAAGGCUAGGGUAGUGUACUGUUAGAAUGAAUGUAGAGUUAACAGGGUUGGUGUAGGAUAACGGGUAGUAUAGGCAGUGGCAUAGCAUGGAUUGUCAGCACCUGUGGCAAGGCAUUUAUUGCACCCUCUAACCCUAGUCUAUACAUAUUACUUUAGGCGUGAGGUGGAUUUUAAAAAUGACGCAACACAUCUAUCAGUGCCACACACACAUCAUGGAGAUGAGGCGGGCAGGGAAGAGGAGUGAGGCUAUCUAGGCGCCCGUUACUGGCAUACUUUUAUGAUAACAUGUAUGGGCAUUUACAAAAUGCCUAUUAAAGAGUGAUUUCUGGUGUUAUCUUUAAACAGGAAAUCACGUUAUUAAUAAGCAUUAUGUAAUUCACCGAUAAGAAUUACAGAAGGACAGUAUGGCUGUGAUUAGCAAGCAAACUACUGUAAAAUGUGAUGAAGUGAUGUUUAUUUUCCCUGUCAUGCUGAAAAACUGUAUAAUGUUUGAACAUUGGGAGAUUUUCUGGGUGAUUGGGAGGGCGCGCUAUUUUAAAAAAUAUAUUACUACUCCUUUCUUUUUUUUCUUUUGAAAUUUUGGGCCCCAAAGAAUUUUGCGCCCAGGGUAAGCAGCCCUGUGGCCCAGCCCACGCUACACCAGUGACUAUAGGGUUUGUGUACCAAAAAUUACUUUAGAUCCUAGAUUGCUGCUUUUUGUGUCAACAAAAGUGGCAUACCUACAUUUUUAUUUUAACUUGGACAGAAUAGUACCAGCUGCCAGCAUUUCUAAUUAGGUUUUGUCUUAUUACUAAUUUUCCAGUAUGUUCCAAGACCUCAGUUGCUCUUGAAGGUGACCCAAGUGCCCAGGCAGACAAUGGGAAUUUAACUGCACUGCAAAAACAGCUCGAAAUUGAGCUUAAGGUGAAGCGAGGUGCAGAGAAUAUGUUCCUGGCAUAUUCCAAAGGCCCUCCAGAAAACCUUAAAUAUCUUGAGGCAUUGCAGGAGAAGCUUGAAGACAUUGAGAAUGAGAUAGAACGUUUGCAGGCACUGAUUGACCAAGAAAACUUUAUUAAUAAAGAUGAAACAACUGCACCAGUUCCAGAAACUGAUGUCACUGAUGUAACAUUGGAGACACCUCCUAUUCCAUCUCCAACACCUUCACAUGGUGAUCAACAUCAGUCUUCAGGACACACUGAGAGAACGGAUAUAUCGGCUCAGGUAAAGCUACAUGCAUUUUUUUUUGUUUUUUUCUUUUCCCCACACAUUCACACAAACCUCGUCCACCAUCACACCCAUGAUUUUUGUUUGUAAUUCUUCAUUUGCCGCUCGUAAACAAUGACUACUUAUAAUGAUCUGGAGUGAAACGUAUAAUGAGUACAGCCAGAGCCCAAUAUGUAAAAUGUACAUUUUAUUUUGUAGGUAGUUUAAUUCUUCAAUUUGUCCUGAAGCAUCAGAUACAGGAGUUUUAAUAACUAUAGGCGCUGCCUCUAAAAUCACCACCACUUUAUCACUCCAUCCACUGUUUCUUCUUCAUAACUCUCCCACAUCCAUUGCUUCUCCAGUUAUUUACCAACUUACCCUGCUUCCUCUUCGUUUUUCUGCUAUUCCCGACUUCAUGUAUUUAUUAAUCAAUAUGUUUCAGACCCAUCAUUACAAUCCCAUGGACCAAAGGCCACAAUUGUCAUUGUGGGGAGGGGGGAUUACUGAAUUUAAUUUAUGGUGUAUGUAUUUUUUUUUCUAGGUUGAAACAACUGCACUAGUUCCAGAAACUGAUGUCACUGAUAUAACAAUGGAGAUGCUUCCUAUUCCAUCUCCAACACCUUCACAUGGUGAUAAACAUCAGUCUUCAGGACACACUGAGAGAAAGGAUAUACUGGCUCAGGUAAAGCUAUACGCUUCUUUUUUUGUUUUGUUCUUUUCCCCACACAUUCACGCAAACCUCGUCAUUAAAGAAAAUUUAGAUAACUGAAGUCCUGAUAAUUCCUGGCAAAUGAUUUGUGCGAUAUUGUGAAAAACGUAAACACACUCGCUUCUUCGUCCACUAUCACACCCAUUGUUUUUGUUUUUAAUUCUUCAUUUGCCGUUUGUAAACAUUGUCGACUUAUAGUAAUCUGCAGUCAAACGUACAAUCAGUACAGCCAGAGCCCAAUAUGUAAAAUGUACAUUUUAUUUUUGUAGGUAAGUUAAUUCUUCAAUUUGUCCUGAAGCAUCAGAUACAGGAGUUUUAAUAACUUUAGGCGCUGCCUCUAAAAUCACUACCACUUUAUCACUCCAUCCAGUGUUUCUUCUUCAUAAUUCUCCCACACCCGUUGUAUCUCCAGUUAUUUUCCAACAUACCCUGCUUCCUCUUCGUUUGUCUGCUAUUCCCGACUUAAUUUAUUUAUUAAUCAAUAUGUUUCAGACCCAUCAUUACAUCCCAUGGACCAAAGGCCACAAUUUUCAUGCGGGUGGGCGGGGCGUUUAAUUUAUGGUGUAUGUCUUUUUUUUCUAGAAUGAAUCAACUGCACCAGUUCCAGAAACUGAUGUCACUGAUGUAACAUUGGAGACACCUCCUAUUCCAUCUCCAAAACCUUCACAUGGUGAUCAACAUCAGUCUUCAGGACACACUGAGAGAACGGAUAUACUGGCUCAGGUAAAGCUAUACGCUUCUUUUUUUGUUUUUUUCUUUUCCCCACACAUUUACGCAAACCUCGUCCACUAUCACACCCAUGGUUUUUGUUUUUUAUUCUUCAUUUGCUGGUUGUAAGCAAUGUCGACUUAUAAUGAUCUGGAGUCAAACGUAUAAUCAGUACAGCCAGAGCCUAAUAUGUAAAAUGUACAUUUUAUUUUGUAGGUAGUUUAAUUCUUCAAUUUGUCCUGAAACAUCAGAUACAGGAGUUUUAAUGACUAUAGUCGUUACCUCUAAAAUCACCACCACUUUAUCACUCCAUCCACCAUUUCGUCUUCAUAAUUCUCCCACACCCAUUGCUUCUCCAGUUAUUUUCCAACAUCCCCUGCUUCUUCUUCGUUUGUCUGUUAUUCCCGACUUCAUUUAUUUAUGAAUCAAUGUUUCAGACCCACCAUUACAAUCCCAUGGACCAAAGGCCACAAUUGUCAUUGGGGGAUUGGGGUGGGGGGAAUUUAAUUUAUGGUGUAUGUCUUUUUUUUCUAGGGUGAAACAACUGCAUCAGUUCCAGAAACUGAUGUCACUGAUGUAACAUUGGAGACACUUCUUAUUCCAUCUCCAACACCUGCACAUGGUGAUCAACAUCAGUCUUCAGGACACACUGAGAGAACGGAUAUACCGGCUCAGGUAAAGCUAUAUGCUUUUUUUUGUUUUGUUCUUUUCCCCACACAUUCACGCAAACCUCGUCAUUAAAGAAAAUUUUGAUUACUGAAGUCCUGAUAAUCCCUGGCAAAUGAUUUGUGAGAUAUUGUGAAAAACGUAAACACGCUCAAUCUUUGUCCACUAUCACACCCAUUGUUUUUGUUUUUAAUUCUUCAUUUGCCGCUCGUAAACAAUGUCGACUUAUAAUGAUCAGGAGUCAAACAUAGAAUCAGUACAGCCAGAGCCCAAUAUGUGAAAUGUACAUUUUAUUUUGUAGGUGGUUUAAUUCUUCCAUUUGUCCUGAAGCAUCAGAUACAGGAGUUUUAAUGACUAUAGUCGUUGCCUCUAAAAUCACCACCACUUUAUCACUCCAUCCUCUGUUUCUUCUUCAUAAUUCUCCCACACACAUUGCUUCUCCAGUUAUUUUCCAACAUACCCUGCUUCCUCUUCGUUUGUCUGCUAUUCCCGACUUCAUUUAUUUAUUAAUCAAUGUUUUAGACCCACCAUUACAAACCCAUGGACCAAAGGCAACAAUUGUCACGGAGGGGGGGGGGAAAUAACAACUUUAAAUUAUGGCGUAUGUUUUUUUUCCUAGGAUUCUGGAGCAAGCAAUGAAUAUCCAUGCUUUAAUAAAUUAACGUCGCUAAGCAUAAUCUCAGAAACAACAAAAGAACCCGAUAACAGCGUGCUUCCAGCAUCUGGCAAUAUUGAGCCAGAAUGUCAACUCAGCCUGGAAGACUUCGAUCUUCGCUGUGUGCUGGGUAGAGGAAAAUUCGGGAAAGUAAGUUUAAGCAUGAAUACAAAUACUCUUUCGAGAAAAAGUGUCUUAGCAAAUGCAUUAGAACAGAAGAAUUUUUUUGCGUUUUGUUUAGGUAUCAAAGUGUUGAAAACAUCUACAUUUAACGAAUGUGCUACAUUUAUAUGUAUAAGCCAGUACAUUUUUCUAAAGAGGUCUGUUUUUUUAUUUUAUUUUUAAUCGCAUAAUUUGUCAGUUGGAUACUAUAUUUUUGUCAGACAGAAAAUCCACCACAAUGAUGUAACUGGAAACGUUUGUCGGAAAGAUAGGUGCAGAUUUGCUAAAUGUAUUUUUUAUAUACAGACUACCCCCAAAAUUGUGAUCUAACCACAAAAAAAGUCUUCAAAGGAAAGAAGCAAAAUAAAAAUGACAGGGCAGAAAAAAAAAUGCAAUUCUGCCGUACCAAACUUGAAUGAAUUGAUGCAGAAUAAGAACACAUGCAUACCUUUGUUUUUAAUUUUAGGUGUUCCUUGCUGAACACAAGGACACUGAGAAAAUCUAUGCCCUAAAAGCCCUGAAAAAAGGAGACAUUGUUUCAACAAAAAAGGUCCACCGGUCAGUAAACAGAGCUAUUCAUACCUUAUCCUGUUUUAUUUUAUUUGUUAUGAGUUUUUGGAGAUCAGGGAAAUAAUUGACUUAUUGUUCCUUAUCCAGUCUUAUGAGUGAGAAGCACAUAUUCCAAUCUGUAAGCAGCAUGCGCCAUCCAUUUCUGGUAAACCUGUUUGGUUGUUUCCAGACCACACAUCAUGCCUGCUUUGUCAUGGAAUACACUCCUGGCGGGGACCUUGUUACAAACGUUUACAACAGCAACGGUGCAUUAACAGAGCCCAGAGCGAUGUAAGUAUAGGCAGCAUUGUGCCCAUAUUGCUAAACCUGUAAUGCAGUGUUUAGCAGCUGCUGGCAUUGAGGUAGGCAAUAAAUUCCAUAAAGUCUAGUUAGAUUAUUGGGAAAGAUAAUCGUUAUUUUACACUUACCUGACUGUCCAGGUCCCACGGUCUUUCCAUUCUAUACAACAGAAGAAUUUUAUACUUCUGCAAUAGCAUAACCAACUUUAGUCAAUAUGGACUGGCUGAGAGUCUUACAUUAAAAGUCGCCAUGUUAGACCAUAGAGUGAUGAAGGAUUUGUGGAAAAUAACUUUUCAAUAGUACAAAGAUUGCAUUUUUAAAUCAUCUUAAAAGUAACCAACGCGUUUCUUUUUUUUUUCCAUAGAUUUUAUGCUGCUUGUGUUGUGCUUGGCUUGGAAUAUUUGCAUUCCCAAAAGAUUAUCCACAGGUAAGUGUAAAGCGCAAAAACAAAGUGGAUUGCACAGUUAUAUUUGUUAUAUUUACAGCACUGCCUGUGCUUAAACCUAUUUGUUUUUCUAUGUUAUGGUUUUAAAUGUAACCUUUUUAAAAGCCUAAACAAGGAAUCCCAUUAAUACCUGCAUCCAAGUGUCCUCUAGAAUUAUGUAAAAAUGAUUAAAAACAUUUUUUCUGCAUUUUAAUCUAGGGAUCUUAAAUUAGAGAAUAUACUUGUGGAUAAGGAAGGAUUUGCAAAAAUAACUGACUUCGGUAUUAGUAAGGAAGGUAGAUAUCAUUUUACAUUUAUACAUAGAUAUUCGAUAAAUUAAUGCCUCUGUAACAUCAGUGCUGGCUUUACACAUAUAAAAUGAUAUCCUUAAAAUUCAGCAUAAAAACAAAUGUGUGCUUGUUUCCUAAACAGCCAUUAAGACUUUGAAAAUGUAAAAAUUGCUUUUUUGGUACUUUUAUCUAGUCCUAUUUUAACACAAAACAUGAUUUUAGUACAAAAACAAACAUGCAAUAUUAAAGUAGAAAAAAUAGCCAAAAGGUUCUAAAGGAAAUAGAUUAGACAAUGAUUAUACAGAACUGUUAACUCCACAUUACCAAUGUGGCAGUUGAGGAUAUGGAGAGCAAAAAUGGUUUCAAACUAAUUCUGAAUGGUUUGACAUAAAACUGGGAUAUGGCGCCAACAGACUUUAGACCACAUGAAAGGACCUGCACUGUAGUGGUCAUAUUGCAACUUAAUUUACAUAGUGUGCCCUAGCUGUGCCAGGAUAGCCAGGCAUACAAAGGUAAUCAAAAAAUAAAUUACAAUUGUGAAUAAAUCCCACAUUUAAACUUAGCCACAUUCAAACAUAAUCUAAUUCUGUACAUAAUUAAAAGUACAUAAACAAAAAGAUAUCAAAAGCACAAAUGAUAAUAUACUUUGUAACAAGGGAUCAUUGAACAAACCAAUAUGUGGAUUAGAUCUCAGGAAAUUACUUUAAAAAAAAUGUAACAAGAAAAAAACGAUACAAAAAUAUUCAGCAGCUCUAAUGCACAAAUGCCUAACUGACAGAUGUACGGGCAUGUAACUUAAAGGGACACUAUAAUCACCAAAACAACUACAGCUCAUUGUAGUUGUUCGGUCCCUAUAGGCAGGCCCUGCGGGUAUUUUCAUGCAAACACUGACUUUUCAGAGAAAAGGCGGUGUUUACAUUUAAGCCCAGGGACACCUCCAGUGGCCACUCCUCAGAGUGCAGCAGUGUCGUUCAGCAUCUCCAUGUUCUUAAUAGAGAUGCUUUGAUUCACUGCAUCUCUAUGAGGAGAUGGGGAUUGGCCAGGUCGACUUUUGACCCCGCCCCUAGCCCACCUCCUUGGCUGAGAUAAUCAAUUCUGAUGUUAGCCAGAGGUGGAUUGGGGUGGGGUCAGCUCUGGCAGACCCUUGCGGUGCUGGAUAGAGGUUUUAACCCUUUCUAAAGGCUAUGGGUGGGGGAGGGGAGGGUUAAACCACUUAAAUGGUGGUUUUAACACUAUUGGAUCAGGAAUACCCUAUAGUGUUACUUUAAAGGCAGGGAAUGUACAUCUUCAAUUUAAAUAUAAUUAACUUUUGUCUCUCUCUGAGGAAUCGGAUAUGGAGAACGAACCACAAGUCAUUGUGGAACACUAGAUUACAUGGCUCCCGAAAUCCUCAAGCACGAAAGUUACACCAAAGCUGUGGAUUGGUGGAGUCUGGGAGUGCUAAUAUAUACAAUGCUGGCAGGAGUGGUAAGAAUAGUUUAUUAAGAAUUAAUGGACGGAAUCCUGACUCGACAAGCAAAACACUAUAUACCAAUGUGUGUUUAUCAACAAGAUAAUUCAUCAGAUUUAUUUAUUUUUAUUUUAUUUACUUUAGACUCCUUUUGACGGCGAAGAUGAAUUUGAAAAAAUAAAUAACAUCAUCAAUCGCAGAUUCAGCUGUCCGGAGUUCAUGUCUGUCCUGUCUGUAGAAACCAUCGAUGUAAUCGAAGAUGUAUGUUGCCAAUGCAUGUUUAGUGUUUUUAACUUGGAUUUUAGAGAGCACAGUGUGGUUGACUCUAAGAGUGUGGGACAGGCAGUUACACACACAUACAGAUCUAGCUACAAAAAGAUACAGAAUAAUGUCAUGUUUGGAGACUCAUUUUGAUUAAAAAAAACAGUAGCAAGAGGAAUCAUAGUAAUCAGGACAGUACAUUAUCUGGAUAAACUGCUUGCAAUUUUGUUUUCAUUUAUUUAUUUAUUUUAAUCAAAAUACCAAGAGCCAUUUUAAGAAAAAAAAAUAUGUCUUUUACAGUUUCUCAACAUAAAUCCAGAGGACCGUCUAGGGGCAAGUGAAUAUGACGCAGAAGAUGUAAAGUGGAAUCCAUUCUUUCAAGUAAGUCCAUUUUGUUCAUCUACCAGCCAUAGGUAUAUAGAGGGGAAUGGUAUAUUCUACCUCAAUCUUGUUUUUAGUUCCAAGUGAAAUUGUCACAUGUCACAUCUGGGGAAACCUACAUUCUAACACCUAAAUAAACAUUAGUUCAUUUGGAUGCUUAUUUAAAUUUAUUUACUUAUGUAUAUUUGCAUUAAAUUCAUGCCCGUGAAGUCAUUAAACGGCCAAUGUAAAAUGUCUCCUGUAUUUGCAUGUGUAGGAGCACAGUGAUACAAAGGAUUUAUCUUUGCCAAAACUACUUUCUUCCACUAAUGAAUGCACGUGUAAUCCUAUCCGUUGACUUUAAUUAUGGAUUUGUGAAUUAUACUGUAACUUGUGUAGAAUUUAGUUUUUCAGAUUUUUGCCAGUCUAUAUUUUUCAUCUUAAUUUUAUGACUUAAUGAUGCAUAUUCGUUAUCUUUGUCAAAACUACUUUCUUCCACUAAAACGUUUAAUUUGUUAACAGGAGAUAGACUGGGAUGAAUUAUUAGCUAAGAAUUUGAAGCCCCCCUUUAUACCAACCAUCGAUGGAAUUGAAGAUGUUAGGAAUUUCGAUGAGUAUACCUCAGAAGAUCCCAUCUUAACACCUCCAAACGGGACAAAGGAACUUACAGAAAAAGAGCAGGAAGAUUUCAGGGACUUUGACUGGAUUGCAAAUUGGUCCUAA